CUCGCAACUCACAACGCGAGGUGCAAUUUUGGGGUUACCUGUCCCGGCUGAUGCUUGGGCGUUGGGGAGUCAUCGGUGAGCUGCUGGCACUGUGUCUUGUAGCGGCGAACGACUGUCAGCGAACGCAAAGGCGUGCAUCUAAGCCUUGUACCUUGAAGAGACGGAGAAACAAGAAUGAAAGAUGGAAGCCUUUCGAAAUGAGCUUUCGAGCAUCCUACUUAGACACUUUAGCUUUCACAAUGGAGAUCAAGGAGUCUGAAAUAACAGGACGUUACACAUGUUACUUGAGGCGAGAUUCGAGAAGAGGUGAGUUUAUCAAUUAAACCUUCCACGGUAGGGGGCAGUACAAAUGCACCCAGAGAGUGCGUUGUCAUGUUCAACGGCCUCC